GGGUCACUAGACGAAGAGAAGGGGAACGGAGAUGCCAGUCCGAAGAGGUUCGCUUUUUCAUCGAAAGGGAUCAGGCAGCGGAUUCAGCAUCACCUCGGCGAGACGUCCCCGGUGAAAGAAUUCCUCCAGCAGCGUUUCGGUCGGCGGUCGUCCAGUUUCGACAACAGCCAGUAUGAGGGCAGCUGGAGCCGAUUUCAGGAGUGGAAGGGGAAGCUAGCCGGUACGGUGGAGGGGAAGUUGGGUGAGCAUCUCAAGCACAUCACUUCCCUCAAGCGCCUGUCGGAGAAAACCGAGCCGGAGGCGGGAACGGAACAGGAGGGAAUGAGAAAAGGAGGGAAGGAAUGCAGUGACGAUGAGGAAGGCUUUGAGAAGGUGGGGAACGAACCCCAUUCGAGAAAGGGGUUGCUGGAUGUUAAUCUCCCAUCGCCUGAUGAAUCCUAUGAGACACUCAAGUCCUUCACAAGCACACCCUCAACAAACAGUGAAACAGGAAUAUUUGAAGAUGCUCAAGAAUUUGCCAUGCUGGGCAAGGAACUGGGUCCACUGACCAAGUGGGAGAAACUUCAAUCGUACUUCUCGAUUGCCCCAGGACAAUCGAGAAGAAAGCUCAUAUUUGGAGGAUGCAUUUUGGCUUUUGUUCUGGGGUGGAUGUUGGAAACAGAUGCAAAGCAUAAAUAUAAUCAAGAGACUUUCGAGAUGGCUCAGUUACGUCCCAUCUACAUGACGCUGGAAGGGACCCUCUUGUGCAUCUCCAAUACCGGUGCCCAGAUCCCGAUGCGAGCUAUGCACAACGAGGAACCCAUCAAGGCGAAGUUCAGCUUUCAUCGAGUCUAUGACCUCAAAGGAUCUCAAGUCAUGCUCUUGCCGGAAAACUUGGCUCGUAAAAGGCUUUGGUCGAAAAAAUUCCCCAUUCACAUCCGGCUUGCCAAGAAGUGUUUGCUGAAGGAAAAUGUUAAAAUGGGGAAGGAAAAUGUAAGCCUGCUGGCAAAGGCUUUGAACGUGACCACGAGCCUGGAUUCGGAGGAACACAUCAUCAACCCACCGGUUUCUCUUGGCUCCUCUCUGAGAGCCAUUGUUGAAGAACAGCCACUUCAGGAAGCAAGCAAAACUCCUGACCCUUCCCAUACCUCCUUAGGUGCAGAGGGACCUUGGAAUGAGUCAGAGUCCAAUAGUGAAUCUGAGGAAGAGGAUGAAGAAAACCAGACAAGGAGAGCAUUGACAAAAAAGAAGAAAAGGCCUAGUGAAAGCUGGAGGAAUCUUCAUUCUUCAACCAGGAAGGAUCUCCUGAUUUUUGCCCGCACUGCACGGGAAAAGGAGGACUGGUUUCGACACUUGACUGCUGGCAGUAAGGAUGUUGCCAUGGAGGUCAGCAUUCCCUCCUUUGAUUCCACCCAACAGCAGUUCUUCCAACGUCUGGCAGGCUCUCUUGGCAUCCCUGUUGACAGCCUCAGCCCACCUAGGCCCGGGAAAACUCUCUCCUUUGAUUUGUACAUGGAAAGAGUCCUUCCUCAGCAUAAGGACAAUGAUCCCACAAAGCCAUUAACGGAGAUCAACCGCCAGCCUCGCUCCAUGAUGAAAGAACUGGAUUUUGAGACUCUGGAUCCACUAGAUAGGGCAUCAGAUCUGCAAUGGCUCAAUGCUUUUGUUGCACGACUCUUCUUUGACUUCCUUUGUGAUUGUACCUAUGCUGCAAAAGUCAAGGAUCGCCUCCAGCAAAAGCUCUCUAGAUUGCGGUUGCCAUCAGUGGUGGAAGGACUGACAAUAACUGAGUUGGAUCUGGGUAGUCAGGUCCCCAUGAUCCAUAGAGCUUCUUUGCCUUGGAGCAACGAGCGGGGUUUUUGGGUUGCACUCGACUUGUCAUAUGAUGGUGGGUUUCGCAUGACACUCGAAGGCAAGAUCAACUUGAGAAAGAUCUUAGAUGAAGAGAGUGAUGCCACUGUUGCCUGUGAAGACUCUCAACUGGACAGUCUGACAACAACGUCCCAGAGGAAGCGCUCUCCACCAAAGCAGCAAAGCCUUUGCGUGUUCUUCCUCACUAGUUCAUCAUCAGGAGUUGAUUACAUGAGUCCUGAGUCAUCACCUGAAGUCACAACGCCACAAUUGCCCAAUGAAUCGGACAGACACAUGAAUCGCCUGAUCCAGAAGAUCCGAGCCUUCCCCAUCAUGGACUCGGUGAAAAAGUCUCAAUACGUUCAGUGGGGUGUGGAUAAAUUAGCCAAGACCCCACUGAUCCUUCAAGUGGAGCUUCACAAGAUUCUGGGAACACUUCACGUAAAUGUCCCACUUCCACCUUGUGACCGUCUAUGGUGGGGCUUUGCCUCUCGUCCGCAAGUUGUCCUCACAGCCAUCCCCAAGGUUGGGGAAAGGAUUCUGACUAUAACCCAAAUUGUAGAGCUCAUUGAGAAGAAACUUGUUGAGCAACUUGAGGAUCGGCUCAAGCAAUUUUUUUCCAAGUUGAGCAAAGGAGGAGGCCUCAGCCGACCCUUUCAAGAAACAUUUCAUGUCACUCCACACGUCUUGGAGAGCAUUUCGGCUUCCUCCCAGCGUCCUCUCGGGGAACGUCUCAAGAACAUCAGAGAGUUGAGUGAAAAUGUUGCGUUGCGUCGCAUCGAGGAGAAUGGCAUUGAGGCAAUCUGGAAGGAAGUGAAAGAUCUAUUAGCAGGGGAGUACAAUCAGGAAGCCAGACACACUUGCUGGGAAUUGCUCCAUUCUCUUGUUUCUGGUCAAUCAGAGAGGCUGACAGGUCCAAUGAGGGCCAUAUUUUUUUCUGUGGUUGCAACUCACAUGGACCCAGAGGAUGUGGAACCCAGGCUGGAGCUCUUGAAGGUCUUGACCGAGAACGGGAAAGACUUCCGAUACUUUGAGGAGAAUGUGGGAUCUCUCUUCCUUCACCUGUUGCCUGAAAUUCAAGACCAUGCUGCUGACCGUAUCUCUGAUUUCCUGGAGCUUCUCAGUAAUGUGAUCAAGUUCAACACUGCUUAUAUUGAUUCUGAGAUAAUUGCUGGCUUUGUCAAUUCCAUGUGUUUGAUCUGUGGUCGAAUGAGCAAGACUCAGGAGGGAGAAGCGAGUCUCCUUGUCUUGGAAGCUGUCCUUUGCUAUUCCUACCUGCCAAGCGAAGCCCUCCCGUCUUUCAUCACCACUCUCUGUCGACUAGCCAACAAUCCACAUUUUUGUGCCAGUGCUUGGAAGUUGAUGAGGAAAUUGCUGGGGACGAAUAUGGGCCAUAGUGCUGUGUACACCAUGUGUGCCAUGCUCCAGUCUCCGAGCCAUCUUGCCGACAUCUAUCUUCUCCGUGGGGCUAUCUUCUUCCUCAGCAUGAGUCUUUGGGGAACCCAGCAAGCAUUAAAUGCAAAUCAUCCCCUGGUGAAUUUUGAGGUCACCCUGACCCUCACACGCUUGAUUAAGAAAUAUGGGAAGGAACAAAACCAUGUGGCAUGGAGCCUCAUUCUGGACAUAAUUGAGAAGAUACUGGCUCAACUCACGGCACGGAAUGUGAACGAGGUGGCUGACGCUCUAGACAAGCUCAUUUGUACCAUUGAGGAUCUCGAAUGCCAAGGGAAGUUUGGGGAGUCUCCUGAUCGACUCUAUGACCUCAUAGAGUCGGCAUCUCUCAAGAGACGGGAGGAGUCAGUGUUGCAUUUAUUGGAAUAUCGAAAGAGGACCAUCCAGCCGGUCACCAUAGAUUGGCUCCCAAAGCUCAUCUCCAUGGUCGACAAAUACUACGUGCAGGAAACACGGCCUGCUAUUCGUCUGCACAUGCUCUCCAUCCUCAAAGAUGUUGUCCGCAUGAACAGUCCCUUAUAUGAGGAGGAACUGCUGGAGAAGAUUGUUUUGCCUUCAUUGGAGAAUCUGGAAUUGGAACCAGACAUUGAUGUGAGGGAGCAGGCCACUGAGUUCUUGGUUCAGCUGGCCUUAACAUGUCAGUCUAAGAAGUGCUUUGAAAUCCUUGACAUCCUGGAACAGGUGAUCAAGCACCCCUUCGAGAUGAGGUCAGAGAAGGCAGGCGACACGGUGCACAUCGUGCAUGAAAACGAGGUUCGAGACGUCCAGAGUGCAAUCGUGGGCCUGACCAAGAUCUUCAAGUCCAAGAUGUAUGCACUGCCUUCCACGCAUGCCAUUCGAGCCUACAAACUUCUUGUCUCGCACCUCAUCGCCCACUACAAGAAGCCAGUGGUCUUUGGAAACACGUCUACUAUCCGUUACAUUAUCCUGGAAUGCUUCAUGUGCGUACGUGCUGAUGGAAGCUACCAUCUGGGAUACAAGGAUGAUGAUAAAGAUUCUGAAUUGAAGUACAGCCCGUACCUACUCGUGGAUCACAAGACGGGAGAAGUUCCUGCUUCGAAGGCCCCUCCAAUGUCACCAGCCCCCACUCCGUAUCCCCAAUGCGUCACCACCGUCUUGUCUCUCACGCAGGCAUGCCAAGCCAUCGUGUUUGCUCUGCGAGAGGAGAAAAACUGGAAGGUGUUGAAGCUUUUGUUGGAUUCCUUACCUGAUGUCAUGCAGAACAAGGCCCUGACAUUGAGUCGGCAUGGGAAUGAUAUUCACUAUCUGGCUGAUGCUCUCUGUGCUCUGAUAUUGGACAAGAGUAUGCGCCUCCCAGAGUCUCUCCAAGACACACCUCCCAACUUCUUCAAGAGUGAUUUCCAGAAUCAUGUGUUUCCUGCUCUUGCAUCUCUGGUCUCCUAUCAUCACCUCCUGGAGCCUGAGCUUCAGACAAGACUGGUGAUGUGCCUCCAGGCGGGGCUGUCCUCCAAGUCAGCCGUGAUCUGCAUCUCAGCACUCAUGCUGUGUGCGCUCGAGAUGGGAAACACAAUGCACAAGUGCAUGCCUCAGAUUCUUCUCUCUCUCUCCAAGAUUUCAGCUACAAUUCACAUUGCCAUACCUGUCUUGGAGUUUCUUUCAACCUUGAUACGCCUGCCACACGUGUACAAGAGCUUUGUCGAAGACCAGUACAUGACCAUCUUUGCCAUUGCUUUGCCCUAUACCAAUCCCUUCAAGUUUGGCCUUUAUACUGUCUCUUUGGCUCAUCAUGUGACUGCCAUUUGGUUUUUGAAAUGCCAGCUCCCUUCUCGGAAGACCUUCGUCCGCUACAUCAAGAAGGGAUUGGAAUCAAACAUCAGUGAGGUUAAGCCUCCUGCAGCUGAGGCCCCAACCCAGCAGGCACCCUGCAGUCCUCAGAAAGUGGUACAGCCUCUUGCACAUGCCGACAAAGAUGAGGGACCUCACCGGCCUCGAAGCUCCAGCUUACAUGAGAGGGUGUCGAGCCGGAAGUCCAAACCCGAUCAGGGACGCCCCCUGUCAGGGCAGCACUCCCUGGAAGGUGGGAUCAUGGGUCGGCCCCAGGUCGACGAGAAGAUGCUGCACUUCCACAAGGAGCUCCUUCAGACCACUCUUGAUCUCAUGGCUCGAUACACGUUUGCCUCUCCUUCGGCCAUUCCCAAAAGGUUCUCUGCCGUCCUCACUCACACUGUUACACUCCUGUCUGCAGCUGUGGAGGCUCUGCUUCAGAAUGGUUGCUCAGAUACUUGGCUCUUGACAAACCAGCUUGUGACCAUCACUACGAGCAGCUGCAGAGGGAAACCCUGGCGGAACCAGCUCUGUGACAAGUGCCACAUUCUUUGCUCCAAGAACCAACUUCCUCUUACCUCUUUUCCUCUUGAAGAGGAGAAUGGGAGGGAUGGAGAAGGGAAGAGAAGGAGGCAUCAAUCAGAGUACUUCAGUGCCUCCAAGAGAAGCAGUAUUCCCACUGUCAAAGAUGAUCUUGCACUCUCCUCAUCCCCAUCCCAUGCACCAUUUCUUAGGGCCUCCUUGGAAGAAAGCACAGGUAAAGUGGGAAACUGCUGCACCUGCUGGUGCCAGGGAUGGGCUGAAAUUGUCAUUCGACGCCCCACAGGUGUGACAUCUUGGGUAAUGAGGCUUCAAAACAGCUAUGAAAAUAAUCUCCUGGCCUUGUUCCCAAAGAAAGAGGGAAUUCAGCUCCUCAAGACACAUGUCCACCAUGAGAGGUCCAGCGAGGAGGAAGACGAACAGAUGGAUAUGGAAUCCGAUAGGAACGGUGGAGAGCCGCAUUCACCCGUGAGGAGGGUUCAGUCCUCUCCAGGCUCGAAGCCCAAGCACCUGCAUGUGAGGCGACUCGAUUGGAAUAAAAGUCCUGAGAGUAUCGCUCCACGGCCGAUCCUGGAGGGAGCAAGUGGGCAUCGAGACCGUAGUGCAACUGUUGGAGGACUGCCACAAGCCUUGUCAACACAGAAGAGAGACAAUGCAGCUUCAGCCUUGACACCUCGCUUCCUCUUCCUUCAGCUCUAUUAUGGAGGACACUUUGGGACUGAUGCAUGCCGGCCCUUGCCCCUCCCCAAGACCCCGAUGAUGGAGCGGUCCCUCAACGUCCUCGACCGCAUCACCCCUUACGAGACGUACAAGAUCGGCGUCGUGUACGUCGGCCCCGGCCAGGCCGACAAGGAGGCCCAGAUCCUUGGUAAUCCUCAUGGCUCUGUGCGGUACGUGGAGUUCCUGGAAGGACUUGGGGAUGUGAUCGACCUCACUCAGGUCAACAAGCAGCAGACUUUCCUCGGUGGGUUGGAGACCAAUGGGAGUGACGGAAAGUAUGGGAUCACAUGGAAGGAUGAAGUGAUGCAAGUCAUAUUUCAUGUUGCCACUCUCAUGCCAACCAGGGAGUCGGAUCUCGAGGGCAAUGGGAAGAAGUUGCAUAUCGGCAAUGAUCAUGUGCUGAUUGUCUACAAUGAGAGUGGGCUCCCAUACAACAUGUCCACCAUCAAGGUACUAUCUCUGGGUCAGUUCAUAUUUGCUUGUGUGGAGAUUGAGCCUCUGGCCCACGAGACAAAUGUGGUUCGAGUCCGUGCCAAGCCCGAACUGCAGCAGUUGUUGGUUCAUUCUGAACCAAAGGCCAUCUCCAAUGCCAGUCUCUCGACACUGGUCCGACAGAUGGCUCUGCAUGUCAAUCUUGGGGCAAUGGUGCUUCAGAGCAUAGAAAGUGGUCAUGGGAAAGGACCAUAUGCAUCGAAUUGGUUGGAGAGGCUUCGAUCCCUUCAGAGACUUCGAGGCAAGAUUGAAGGAUCUGCCUUGGUGGCUUCCACCUCCUGUCUUCCUGCUGCUGUUGACUUCACAGAAUUUAGACUGCUGCCAUCUUGCUUCGGAACUAUAAGAUGCCUGCAUGACCUCGGCAUCCUUCUUGCUCAUCUCCCGUCUCAGGUCACUGUUCUCCUUGUAUGCCUGCUCCAGAGCAUGGUUGAGGCUUUCAGCCCUGUCUUUGGCAUAUUCAAGUUCACUCUCCCGCUCGGCAAGUUCUUUCUCGAGACGCUGGACCGAGCCCGAAAGAUGCCGCAGGACAUCGACAUGUUCCGACUCUCCCUCUUCCUUGGCUUUGAGUCGGGCCUAUCGGGCUCACCUCUCGUCAGAAGAUGCAAGGGAAUGAUCCUCGGGCAGGUUUUCUGGUGUGGCCCUGUCAUCUUCAUUUUCCUCUUCGUUCUCCGACUCAUCGUUCAACGAGCAGUGGAUGAACCCAUCAUCCACCACCGUGUGAGAACUGGGGCAACUAUGCACACUCUCACUGCC